GUAAAGGCUAGUUCUAGUGCGAACGAGUCGCUCGAAUCACCAGUUCACCACCGAAAUAGCCAGAGAGGUGGAGUCGAGGCGGAGCUUUAAGCAACCAAUGAAAUAUCGCCGGGCCACGAGGACUAGGGUCCGUGGAGCUGCAAAAAAGGGCUGCUUGCCAAGUUGCCAGCCGGGGUUUCAUUGAGUGCAAAGUUAUGAGGUACCAGCCCCUAACCCCGGAAUGCUUAAUGAUGGAUGAAGUCACCCGGCUUUUGUAUCCAAACGACGGUCCACCACGCGUGCCUUCAACCUUUUGUAGAUGCAAUUGGGAAAAGUCGCGACCGCCGUAGAUGAGGGCAGUCAACUGCUAUUAGAGAGUAAACUUUCACAGCGAACCCCAAUUCAGUUCGCUGCGAAGAAAAAAUAAACCGAGAUGGCAUCGUCACUGCCGACACAGCUGGCAGAGACCAUCCAAACCGCACACAUCAACCACCAACCGUCGCCGACGCACGACAUCAACCCCUCCACCGCAGCCGACAAGGUCGAGAUACUUUCGACAAGCGAGAAGCACCAUGAUGACGUCGGGAGCAUAGACGGCAUUUCGGACGCGGAUCCGCUGCAUGUCGACGAGGAUGAGGAGGACGACGAGGAGGACGACGAGGACUUUCAUGCGCUCAACCGCCGGAGACGGAGGGCCAACCUCCCGCCCAUGCCGGAUCUGCGGUUUGAGCAGAGCUAUCUCAGGAGCAUAUCCAAUGCGAAGACUUGGUACAAGGUUGCGUUCAUUACGGUCUGCGAUCAGGUUAUGAUGCCCCUGCUUCAAGGAACCCUUUACAACCUCGCUUGGUGUGGAUGGCAGUACUGGAACAAGACGGCCCAAAUACAUGGUUCGACGGCCGGGGCUAGACUGAGGCGUUGGUGGUACGGGGUCAACAACUGGAAGAUUCCCCCGGAGAGGAGGAGGAGACGAUAGACUCUGUAGAUGGACAACUGACCCCUCAGACGAAACAGAGCGAUCUCUGGUAUGACAUAGCCUGCACUCGCCGGUAUUGACAUAUUUGGUUUACUUUCACGAGGUACACCAGUGAAGGACUUCAAUGUUGGGCCUGUUUAACAUUCCUACGAGUCACUUGGAUACAACGGUGAUUCAUGCGUAAAGGAUUGCUUGAUAUCUAUCAUUAUCUAAUUUUUGCAAAAGACGAGGUAUCUUGUCGCAAAAUGUUUCCACGUCUUGCCUCUAUAGUUCAAGCUCAUAAAGUUUUUUGUUUUCUUUUUCGCCUUCAGAACAAAGACCUAGAAACUUUGUACUUUUCGCACCAGAACACUACAGCAGAAUAGACAAUGCGUGUACGAAGACAAGCCUUGAACGUG